ACUUCAAGGACCGAAGCUAAAGAAUGGUAUAGAUGAUUGAUCUGUGACAUAAAAAAAGUUAUGCGAUUGACGGCUUUCUUACGGAAGAAUUUAAAUAUACCUGAAUGGAAUCGUCGUGUUUGGGAAAUCGGAUAUCGUGGGCCUCCUCUUCCGAAACUGAAAAUAAAAGGCAGACCGGAUUAUCCGAUUAGUAGCAAUGCCAUCAGACAAUUACAGGAUAAAAUGAAACUGGAAUAUGAAGUAAUGAAGUGCCUUGCAACACCUUACCUUACCAAGGAGAUGGAACGUGAAUAUAUUAAGAAAUAUGGUACGUCUGCGGAACAGCGGGAGAAAGAGCUUUUAGAAAUAGAACAACGUCGCAUGCCAGGGAAACCUAAAAAGAGAAUUGUUGGAAGUGGUAAGGUGUUGAAAGCGAGAGCGAAUGUUGGUAAUCUGUUGCAUGAACAUCGAACUAUCGAAAGCAGUUUGAAAGAACUAAUUGUUAGGCAACGUUGGGAUUGAGCUCAGUAUCUUUUUUUAAUAUUUUGUUCGUGGCAUUAUGAGUUCCUAGAAUGAAUCUGCACUAACUAGUGCAAAUAUUGCUACAUAUAUUGAUAGGAUACUAAUGAUAUCUGCAAUGAAAUGUCGGCACAAAAUUGUUCUCACUUUCAUCACAGCAUGGGCUAAAAAGUCUUAAAAAUCCAAUAUUCCAUAUCGCAUAGCUUUAGGGAUCUUAAUUUCGCAAUAAAAUUAGUGACAGAUGGACACUGGUAUUCUGAAAUGUGGAAAGUGAGAAACAACGGUGGCUUCAAGUUUGGCGAAGAGAAUAAGAAUAUAGAAAAAAUCGCUUUGUAACCACAGUAAUCAUAUAUUGCUUGAAAAGGAUAAAGAGACCAAUUUCGUGAUGUUUUGUUGAUUUUUCGUGUUUAGUAAU